AUCCCUCCUUGCAACUCCAAUACACAUGGCAUGGUGGCGCAAGGUACUUGCACAGCCAUGCAGCUGAGACCAAUGGCGCUGCAUGCUCUACUGUUCAUGGCUGCACAUGCAUCGAUCGAUCGCCGCAGUUAUUAUUGCGGUGGCAACUUGGCACUGCCCCUCUCUCCCUGGCCGGCGAACCGGCCGGCCCAUCACCUACCAGCUGCUGCCUGCCAUUAACCAGCCCCCUUAUAAAUCCGCUCUCUGCUAUUCCUCGCACCCCUCCAACGACCAUCGAGUGCCAUUGGAGUGGCUCCAUUGCUUGGCAAGCUAGCUAGUCUCCUGUCCUGUCCUGUCCUUCCUUGGCAACAAUAUAUAGAAUGGUGGGUAGCAGGGAGCAGAUCGGUGCGACGACGCAGGCGCCCAACAAGGUGUCGAUGAGCCGCCAGGUUUUCCAUGUCCUCCUCCUUGCCGCCGUCGUCCUUUUGGCCUCGCUGCUAUCCGCGAAGGAGAAGCUGCUGGGGCUGAGCCCGGCUGCGGUGGCGGUGGCCUGCUGGGCGGGUGCGGUGGCGGCGUGGGCGUACGCGGUGUCCCGCCCGCGUCCCGUGUACCUGGUGGACCUGUCCGGGUACGUGGGCGGGCCUUCGCACGAGGCCUCCCGCGCCAAGACGAUCGCCCACUUCGGGCGGUGCGGGCGGUUCAGCGACGAGAGCAUGGCGUUCCAGAAGCGGAUGCUGGAGCGGUCGGGGCUCGGGGAGCAGACCCACUUCCCGGCGUCGCUCAUCAGCGUGCCCGUGGACAUGUGCCUCCGCACGGCGCGGGAGGAGUCGCACGCCGUCAUCUUCGGCGUCGUGGACGAGGUCCUCCGCAGGGCGCGCGUGGCGGCCGCCGACGUCGGCGUGCUCAUCUUCAACUCCAGCCUGCUCAGCCCCACGCCGUCCUUCACGUCGCUCAUCGCCAACCGCUACGGGAUGCGGCGCGACGUGGUCAGCCACAACCUCAGCGGGAUGGGGUGCAGCGCAGGCAUCAUCGCCAUCGACCUCGCCAAGCGCCUGCUCCAGGUGCACCCGGACACGUACGCGCUGGUGGUGAGCACGGAGAACAUCACCCUCAACGCGUACAUGGGCAACAACCGCCCCAUGCUGGUGACCAACACGCUCUUCCGCGUGGGCGGCGCGGCCAUCCUGCUCUCCAACCGCGGCGCCGACCGCCGGCGCGCCAAGUACCAGCUGAUCCACACGGUGCGCACCCACCGCGGCGCGCACGACCAGAGCUUCGGCUGCGUGACGCAGGAGGAGGACGACGCGGGCUGCGUCGGCGUCUCGCUCUCCAAGGAGCUGAUGGUGGUGGCCGGCGAGGCCCUGCGCACCAACAUCACCACGCUGGGCCCGCUCGUCCUGCCCAUGUCCGAGCAGCUGCGCUUCCUCGCCACCGUCGUCCUCAACCGCGUCUUCCGCGCCAACGUGCGCGCCUACCUGCCCGACUUCAGGCUCGCCUUCGACCACUUCUGCAUCCACGCCGGCGGCCGCGGCGUGCUGGACGAGCUGGAGCGCAGCCUCAAGCUCAGCGCCUGGCACAUGGAGCCCUCGCGGAUGACGCUCUGCCGCUUCGGCAACACCUCCAGCAGCUCGCUCUGGUACGAGCUCGCCUACUGCGAGGCCAAGGGCCGCAUCCGGAAGGGCGACCGCGUCUGGCAGAUCGCCUUCGGCUCCGGCUUCAAGUGCAACAGCGCCGUCUGGAAGGCGCUCCGCACGGUGGACGCCAGCGAGGAGGGCAACCCGUGGACGCCGGAGGUCCACGUGCUCCCCAUCCACGUGCCCAGGGUGUCGCCCAUCGACGAGACCGCAUACACGUUCCCUGACGGCGCCACGUACAAGGUCUCUGUCUCCCAUGCCUGAAAUAAUACAUAUUUACAUGAUUGAUUUCUCAUCAUGUAACUUAUAAUCGAGAUAAUGAAGAAGAAGAAGCAGCAGCUAGCAGCAGCGCCGUUAGUAGGAGUAUUAGUUAUUAGGGCUUGAUUUGGUUACUCUGUUUGCCGUCAUUUGCAUCCACAUUGCAUUUGCAUGUGGUGUACGUAGAGCUCUAUGAACUCACGCGCCAAGAAUUAUUGAUUUCCACGAUUCAUCUGCUUCUUGUC